AUGUAUUACUUCCGGGUGGAGAAUGGUGAGUCCAUGAAAUACAGUUACACAAAGUCAACAGUCUUCCUUGAAGUGACAGAUCUAAUGAAGCCAGAUAUCUACAUCCUGGAGCCCCUGUGGCCGAACCGCUGGGGGACCGUCAAUUGUGUGUUUAAUGCCACCUUCGACCAAUGUCCGGCCCCCUCCUUCUCCUGGGCUGGGCAGGUUUUAUCCACCAGUCUGUUCCCAGUCAGCACCCAUCGACGCUCAGUGCUCAAGAUCUCACCCCGGCCCCAGGACCAGAGAAUCGACCUCACCUGCCGUGUGAGGUUUACCCCACAAGGCCGGAUUUUCGAGAAAACCGUGAGGCUGGAUGUGGCUUAUGCCCCCAAAGACCUCGUUAUCCGCGUUUCUCAGGUCAAAGGCGCAGCCCCACAGUCCCAAGGCAAGGGUGACCCCUCCUUCCACCUGCAAGCCCAGCAAGGAAGCUUCUUGCAGCUGCUCUGUGAGGCCUCCAGUCACCCUCCUGCUUCUCUGAGCUGGUCCCUGGGGGACCGAGUCCUCUGGUACUCCAACCCCAAGGACCCCAGGGCCCUGGCGCUGGAGCUGCCCUCGGUGCAGGCGAGAGACACGGGGAACUACACCUGCCGCGCUGAGAACGCAUUGGGCCAGAAGAUGAGCGUGGUCCACCUGGAGGUGCAGUAUGCUCCUGAGGACCUGAGUGUGAUGGUCUCCAUAGAAAAUGGUACAGUCCUGCAAACCCUCCAGAAAGCCAACACACUCAGAGUGCUCCAGGGCCAAAGCCUGCAGCUGCGCUGUGUCGCCCGCAGCAGCCCUCCUGCCAGACUGAGCUGGACCCGGGGCCCCCUCCCACAGAGCCCAGUGCUGCCCAACGAACUUGGGCUCCUACUUCUUCCCCGGAUGCAGCCAGACCAGGAAGGAGAAUACACCUGCCAGGCCCAGAACCAGCUGGGCUCCCAGCAAGUGUCGGUGACCAUCCACGUGUACUCUCCCCCACCUCAGUUGCUGGGCCUCCACUGCUCCUGGGAGACCCCAGCUCUGCAGUGCAGCUGCUUGGCCCAUGGGCUGCCUGUCCCUGCCCUGCGCUGGUGGCUGGGGUCCAAGCUGCUGUCAGAAAACUGCAGCAAAGCCUCUGUCCAAUUCAGUACCCAGGAACUCUGGGCAAACAGCUCCCUGAGCCUCCUGAAGGAAUUCGACCCUGGCCUCACCCUCAGCUGCGAGGCCUGGAACUUGCACGGGGCCCAGAUGGUUCAGUCCUGCUACUGCCAGGUUGGGGUAUCAGUGGGUGAUGAAAAGGGGACCCUCAGAGGUGCUUUUUCCAACGGAGUCCUGGUGGGCACUGGCAUUGCAGGGUUCCUAUGUCUCUGUGUCAUCCUAAUUCUGGUGAUCUUUCUGAGGAGGAGAGGGAAGUGGACCAAGCAGAUGUCCCGCAGGAGCACCAUCCUGGACUACGUCAACAUUUUCCCCCACUCGGGUUCCCAGAGCCUCUCUCAGGGCCAAGGACCCCUCAGGAAGAAUCCAAAGCAGAAGCAGAAGCUCCAGCAGGAGCUUCCCAGCAGUGCUGGGAAACAUGCAGAAGCCACUCCACCACAAGAGGCCAGCCAGGACCAGGAGAUUCAGUACUCACAGCUUUACUUUCCUGGCCGCAGGCCCCAGGUGCUCCAGGCACCCAACGACAGCCAUGAGGAAUAUGUGGAAAUGAGAUUCCUCCAUCCACCGUGCAUCCCAGGCCGACCCAGUAUAAAUAGCGGUUCUAGCGCGGAGACAGGCCUAGGAAUUAGACAGCCAAUCAGAGAGCGAGAUCGAGAGCGGGGGCGAAUUCACCGACCAAUCAGAGCUGAGAGCGACUUCCGGCACUGCCUCACGCAACGAGGGGGAGUGGGCGGGCCACGGGAGGAGCGUAGGCGGGCUCAAGCCAACUGCCCAAACGCCAGCCACGAAUCCCCAGCCGCGCUGCCCUCCGACGUAGAACCUGAUUGGUCGCUUUGCCUGUCAGUUUGGAAAAAGACGCGGAUCCCGCCUCCACGCCCAGAGGGGCCCUUAAAGGGCCAGGCGCACAAAGCCCCACCCACGGUGGUCUCCCCGCCCACGGCUGCCUCCAGCCCUAGAACAUUCCAGGAGAAGGUGCUUGAAGGAAAGUGA